AUGAACUUUUCGGGCAGCAACAACGAAAUCACCAAUUCUGGAUGGAACUUCGACGGACUUCCAGACGACGUGCAGUCGAUCGCAUCGACGAACGAGUCCUUCGCCCCCAACCAUCCUGGAGGCUCGUCGCGCAGCAGGAACGUAGCUCCAAGCCUGGCGCUUGGCAGUUCUCGCAGCAUGGUUUCCCCCGACAGUCCUGGAAGCGGUCGUGAUGCAUCUCGCGCAUCGAGCCCCCAUCUGUCGAGUCCUGUCAGCUCGAAUCCUGGCAACAGUUACCCCGACAUGCCCUCAUUCGCACAAUGGAACACCCGGUCCGGAGCUCAUGCUGGGGCACUUGGGCUAUCGAUACGGGACUCCAAUAGGGCGAACUCAGUCUCGCCCUUCCGCCAGGAUCAUAUCCGAGAUUUUGGUACUACCCAGGUAAGUGACGAUGACAACUACACCAUUAUCGAUGACGAUGGAAGACGACCCGUCGAAUAUACUUCUAUGCAACCUGGGACUGCUCACAGCAUAGGUAACGUAUCACAUGGGCAGGCGCCACUCUGGAUGUACGGUAAUGACGCCGACGACGAUGAUUCCGACAUAACCGAGAUUGAUCAUGCACCGAGGUACUACGAUGCUUACUCUCGGGGCGGUCAAAUUGACCAUACUCCUUCGGUGGCUCAAGCUCCUCUUAGCAAUGCUGGAAGCCGCAACAGCAGUAACAUGCAUUCUGAACCUCCCCGCAACCGUGUUGCUAAUCCUGCAGGCAUCGACGCUGUAAGCAACGAUGAAGGUAAUAGUGGUAUCAAUCACAGAAACGAAGGUCAGUCGGCCGCUUUCUGGCCAGAUCUGCGACCUCUCCUGACUGAUGAAGCCGCCAUCCGGGACCUUCACCUUCAGUGUCCCAUCUGCUACGAUGCAUCGGAUGACAUGCGUGUUUUGAGUUGCGGACACAUACUUUGCAAAGAUUGCUUGUACCGCGUCCUCAAAAAUCGAGACGGCGCACGUGGCAACCCACGAGGCCGCAGUCGUGAAUGUCCCUUCUGCAGGAUUCAACUCGGCAAGAAGCGAGGCUGUCAUCCCAACUGUCCGCAGGACAAGUCAUGGACCGUCGGCCUCCGCGUGCCCGCAUCGAUGGCUGAACUGGCUCAUUUCCCCCUGACAAUUGCUGAAGGUGGCGGCAAGCCGCUGUCUUGCACUGACUGCCGCGAGGGCCGCGUAAUGAACGCUUUCAAGCGACUUUGCCAGGAGUUGCUCAACGACAAGCAUGCACGAGUGGCCAUCUCUGAUGGAAGCCAGGCUGCCAAUGUCGUCCCAGAUACGCACACAGCAGUGCCUGAAAUGCGGACGAUGUCUGAUGCUGUCAUGAACGUGCUUUACAGCCCUGAAUUCUGCACCAAGUACGCUGGAGUACAGGCCCCUGUGAUGCGCAAACGUGCCGCAGCAGAGUUCACCAAACGCCGCUAA